AUGAUCCCGACCGUUCGAACGCCCGAUUUGGCCCUGAUGGACUACGGGGCGCUACUGCUGACGUGGACGCCAGGUUUGGAGGGUGGAGACAUGAUGAGGGUGGCUCGGAUGCAGGAGAGGAUGCAGGAGCAGCGGCAGCAGGAGGAGCAGCAGGAGGGUGGGGGCAAGAGGGCGAGGAAAGGGAAGGAUUCGUCGCCCGAGCCGGAUGAGGAUUCAGGU